AUGAUCGCAGCCAAGAAGGCUAAGAAGGGUAAUGGAGUGGUUGCCGCCAUUGAUGUCGAGGAAAACCACACAAUUGCGGUUGUGAUGCCAUCCACAGCCUUGGGCAAUGGGACUGACUCUGAGGAGUGUGUGGCUCCUUUACAGACUCCUCACUUGCAUUGGGAUUGUCUUGUCACUGGGCCGGCUGUUUCGUCUCCUGUUCAAAUCUCCACACUUAUUGACCAUGGCUCUUCUUUAGUUCUGAUUGAUGAAGACUUCACUUGGAAACUCAGUCUAUGGCUGCGCACACUGUCAACGCCACUACCUGUGACCCUUGCCCUGUCGCCAAAACAGAAACAAUCAUUCCGUCUAUCGCAUUACGAUACUAACUACGACCUGCUUCGCCCACAGCCUCCUACAGCGCCUGCCAACAAAACAGCAUCAUGGGGGCCUGAGUUGUUCUGGGCAAAGAAGAAUGUGGUAAGGGAACUAAACAAGGUACUACCAGAACUAAAGGCCAUCAUGGAUGACAAGUGCGAGACAGUGUGGGAAUUUGAUGUCAUUGGAGUGAUAAACGCACAGAUUGACAGUCUCCAUCAACAGACCCUGCUGGCAGCUAAGGACAAAGCUAUGAAGGAUGAAUUCCGCCAUCGUUUCCCAGUGGACAUUCCUCACAAUGACUCAUUACCUUGCAAUGUUCUCUUUCGUGUUCAACUGAAGGACACUAAUCAAAUCGUGCAGAAAUGUUCAUAUGACUGCCCGAAGAAAUAUCACGCUGCAUGGAAGGUUUUGCUAGAUUCACACGUCGAAAGUGGCUGUUUGAAACAUUUGGAGAGCGAAUUCUCAUCGUUGGCAUUUAUCAUUCCAAAGGCUGACCCUACAGUGUUACCUCAAUGGGUUAACAAUUUUCAGCUACUCAACCUCAAUACUGUGCCUGACAACCACCCAUUACCACGCAUCGAUGAGAUACUGAAGGACUGUGUGAAAGGCAAGUUCUUUGGAAAAAUUGAUAUGACUAAUGCCUUCUUCCAAACACAACAGUACACAUGCCUUGGGGAAAAUAUGAGUGGACCGUGA